AUGGAUAAAAUAACAAAGGACGCUAGUCCUACAAGAUAUGCCGUUUUCCACGAGCUGACCGGAAAGUUGCCGAUACGUGGAGACUCAGCCAACUUCUCCAUGUUCUCAACUGCUCAUGAUCCUCAUUCUCCACCCAGUUCUCCAUGUUCUCCACUGCUCAGUGAUCCUCAUUCUCCACCCAGUUCUCCACUACUCAGUGAUCCUCAUUCUCCACCCAGUUCUCCACUACUCAGUGAUCCUCGUUCUUCACUGAGUUUUCCAUGUUCUCCACUGCUCAGUGAUCCUCAUUCUCCACUCAGUUCUCCACUGCCCAGUGAUCCUCAUUCUUCACCCAGUUCUCCACUGUUCAGUGAUCCUCAUUCUUCACCCAGUUCUUCACUGUUCAGUGAUCCUCAUUCUCCACUCAGUUCUCCAUGUUCUCCACUGCUCAGUGAUCCUCAUUCUCCACUCAGUUCUCCACUGCCCAGUGAUCCUCAUUCUUCACCCAGUUCUCCACUGUUCAGUGAUCCUCAUUCUUCACCCAGUUCUCCACUGUUCAGUGAUCCUCAUUCUUCACCCAGUUCUCCACUGUUCAGUGAUCCUCAUUCUCCACUCAGUUCUCCAUGUUCCUCACUACUCAGUGAUCCUCGUUCUUCACUCAGUUCUCCAUGUUCUCCACUGCUCAGUGAUCCUCGUUCUUCACUGAGUUUUCCAUGUUCUCCACUGCUCAGUGAUCCUCAUUCUCCACUCAGUUCUCCACUGCUCAGUGAUCCUCAUUCUUCACCCAGUUUUCCACUGCUCAGUGAUCCUCAUUCUCCAUUCAGUUCUCCAUGUUCUCCACUGCUCAGUGAUCCUCAUUCUCCACUCAGUUCUCCAUGUUCCUCACUACUCAGUGAUCCUCGUUCUUCACUCAGUUCUCCAUGUUCUCCACUGCUCAGUGAUCCUCGUUCUUCACUGAGUUUUCCAUGUUCUCCACUGCUCAGUGAUCCUCAUUCUCCACUCAGUUCUCCACUGCUCAGUGAUCCUCAUUCUUCACCCAGUUUUCCACUGCUCUGUGAUCCUCAUUCUCCAUUCAGUUCUCCAUGUUCUCCACUGCUCAGUGAUCCUCAUUCUCCAUUCAGUUCUCCAUGUUCUCCACUGCUCAGUGAUCCUCAUUAUUCACUCAGUUCUCCAUGUUCUCCACUGCUCAGUGAUACUCAUUCUCCUCAGUGAUCCUUUGUGCUAUGUUGCUCUCUAGUUUUGUCUGUCCGUUUCCCUUAGAACAGUAAUGACCCUGGAGCUGUCGUGUGCCAAUCCAUAUUAAGGACCCGGACAUGUUGGUUGGGGUAGCAGUGCUGUAUUCAGCUUCUCAGAAUGAUUCCUGACCUCCUUCUCGGACCCCUUUCGUCCAGAUGACCCCUGUCGCUUGAUGUUCUUCCUUGAUCUCACUGUUAUCAGUAUGCUCUCCUCAAAUAGUCUGCAGUGUGCAAAGCCCCAGCCCAAAUUUCCAUGCUUCGUUCCAAGUCGCUCUGAUUGCUGUAUUUUCCCAUUUAUAAUGUGGAUUCACACAUAGACCGAUCAUCGGAAAACUUGUCACUGGGUUUAAUUCUGCACUCCAGGGUCAUGGGUCUAAUCUCCAUACAGGGACGUGCCAGUCACGAAGGGUCUGGGCUCUAAUAAAGUGGUCAGUCUGUGUAUAUUUGGUUCACUACAGUGGUUGUGUAUAUACAGGGCUUGUAUACAAUAUGUACGUCCGGGGCACCAUGACGGCUGUAUAUGAUGUAUAUCUGGGGCACCGUGACGGCUGUAUAUAAUGUGUAUAUCCGGGGCUCCAUGAUGGCUGUAUAUAAUGUGUAUUUUCGGAGCUCCAUGACUGUUGUAUGUAAUGUGUAUAUCUGGGGCACUAUGACUGUUAUAUAUGUAUAAUCUGCAGAUAAAGCCUAUGCUCUAUGUUCAGUCUGGUUAUGCUGUUGAUCAUUUGUCCGGACGUCCCCGUGGACGUGGCCAUGCACUGACCGGCUGCGGACGUCCCCGUGGCCAUGCACUGACCGGCUGCGGACGUCCCCGUGGCCAUGCACUGACCGGCUGCGGACGUCCCCGGGGCCACGCGCAGACCAUGC